AUGAUUGCUGAAAAAUGGCUGUCCCUCAACAACCACAUUAUAAACAUUCACACCAAACAGGGCAGAGUGUUCGAGAAAUGUGCCCAUGGUCGGCUGCCUGCAGCUCAGAACCGCAAGAAAAAAUGGCUCAAAGCAGAUUCAGUGCCAGCACUAAAGCUGAAAAAAGUUGUCAGCCAGAUAGCUUUUGUCAGAGAUGUCAAGAAGAUGUCACCUUCACAGCAAACCUACGGGGUGGAAGUAUACCACAGUAUAGUCAACCAGUUUGCCCCAAAGAUGUAUGCAUACUUGUACACUGGCAUGUAUUGCAGGUUGAUCCUAGCAGCACUGCACUACAAUGAGAACUCUGGCAGGAAGCAUGCCAAAACCAGUACAGGACAACUCCAAUACACUGUGAAAUUCCCCAAAGCAAAGAAAGGUGGUCAUGUAGUUAGACGUGUGAAUACAGCAGCUACAUAUGAGUAUGUUACCGAACUCUUGACCGAGACUCUACGCUUGUGCGAAAACAAUGUCGAUGAGGAAGCUUUCGAUGUCCCAGAUCCACUCAGCAGUCGGUGGGAAAAACCAGACAAGAGAGAGGCUGUUGUGCUGUUUAGAAGCAGAUUUAAUCACUGAACUGACAAUCAGUUUUGUUAUUGACUCUAAUCAAGUGCUGGAUACUUGAACGACGUGUAUAUGUCAGAUGGAAACGUCGCCUGGAUCUUUUUAAUGGUACAUGAUGGCAGUGGGAUUCUGUGGUUCUUACC